GUCCUAAGUUGCUUUGUCCCGGACAAAGGCGCUUAAUCUAGGCGUCGCUCUGCUUCGAUUCUUUACUGACGUAUGUGGGAUGUUGAUUUAAUUUUGAAGUGCACCAGUGAUAUUGAGUGAUCGAUUUUGCAGAGUAACUUAAUACCGCUACAUUCAGGAGCAUAUGUUUGCAAGGUCCAGUUGGGAUCUAAACAGAAUUAAUUCUUCCCUGAACCGAUUGGUGCUGGAAACCAGUCAAGAAAAUAUGGCGGAAGGGAAAAAUAUUAUGGAAUUGCAAACGAUCCCGGAAGAGGAUUCCAAUAUUCCAGAAGAGCAGAAUGUGCUGGAAGAGCAAAAUAUUGCGGGAGGGUUAACUCAAGAACAAAAUAAAAGUUUUAGCAAACCUGUCCCUCCUGAUCAAUCGGCAAUGCCAGUACCGGGCCGCAGCCAAGUCGAAUGUAACAGACCAGAACAGAACUGGCCAAUGCACGAGCGUGGUGUGCAUGGUGAAAUAAAUGAGAUCUGUAUCCCCUUGGACAGAAAUGAAGUAUAUUUCCGCUUAGCCCAACCAUACGAACUGCAGCCUCUUACCAAAAUCAUUUUUCGCACAUGGUCAGAUAAGGACAGUUUCGACAUGCCGGCAGUAGAAAUAAUAACAUUUCGUAACUCAUUCCCAAAAGGUGGGUAAUGGGUUAAUAGCGUAACCACAUCCCACAUUGUUAUAUCUUAUUCAAAAUUUAUGAAUGGAAACUGCGCACUAAGAAUCCGGCAUAUACUAGUAUUUUAUUUAUAUUUCAUAUAUAAUAUAAAGAUGUUGUCCGUUAUUGCACAGUUUACUUGGAUGAUGUUAUACAUUUUCUUUUUUUUCCGUCGGUUUUGUCUAUCCACCUGACACUUCUUAAUUAUGUAAAAUAGUAACUUCAAUAUGGAAAAUAAAAUGUAAAUCCUUUGAUCACAACAAAAAAAAUAUAACCUCUCUAUA